AUGCGCAUUGCAGCGCUGCUGCCGCGGCUCACCUCCCUCUUCCAGCGCAGCAACAGGCAGGAAGGACCGGAGAGGCAGCUGGAAGCUGACGCACGCAGCCUCUUAGAUAAGAAGCUGCACCGGAUCUUCGCAUACCUGGAUACGGAGCGCCGGCUGGACUACGAUGGGAAGAUCUCCACUCACGCGCUCAACGCAGUGCUGCAGCGCUUCGAUUCUGCCCAGAGGAAGACCGUCGAAUCGAACCGCAGCAGCGUUUUCCAAAAUCUGCCCUUCUUCCGGAGCAAGAGCUCAGCAGGGACAGCCUCGGCCAUACCCUCCACCGCGCGGACACCCAUGUGCGAGUCCGACCAGGAGGAUGAGAAAGACGCUCCGCCAGAGGACUCACUUAAGGUGAGCCCUCAGAAGCUGCGGAAG